CAAGUUAGGAAUCGCAAGGCCUAAGUCUUUCACAGCUCCAUGGCGUUAGCUAGGAUUGUACCAGAAACCCUGUCAAUGCAGUGCCCCUGAUAGCACGUAUGGACCGAAGUUCGUUACUCCCGUUAUAGAGUAGUUAACGUUAGCACCCUGCAGAACGACACAUUACCAUUGUCAUUCAGGUGCAUCCAUAUCACUUCUCCACAAACUGUUCCCGCUGGCCUCGCGUAUCUCUCGUUGCUGUCCGUCUAUGGUGAAAGAGAGGUAGGGUGAGAUUUUGUGGACUAUGGCUAGCUAGCUAGCAGCUACAAUUGUUUGAGGUUGUCAGCAGUGGUUUAACCUUAUCCGAUUUAAUAGUGCAAUCAAUAACGCAAUCUAAUACUCGAAACAACGUAGCUACAAGUCUAAACAUGAGCGAGUAUAAUGAAUAAUGUAUUGCAAAUUGGCUUAACAGUUUGCCAAGUGACCAAAACACGAUUAGCUAAUUUGGGCCUCAGGUUUUCGCCGUUGUCGAGUGUUGGUUAUACCCGAGAUAACGCGAUUGGCAGUGGAUCUCCUCAGUAGCCAACUCUCUAUGUUAGUGUCAACUAGCGUGUUUGUUGCUAAUGCUAUCUCAAAUCACGUUGUGCACUAGCCAAUUUGCUAGAGCGUUGCCUUGCCAGCUUUGUCAAGUUUGCGGCUGUAUUGUAAGCUCUUAUUUGUAUAAUAUUUAUAUAUUUUUUGUUAUUCGUGUUGCUUCUCUCUCUGGUUAAGUCUUGCAAUGUGGGGUUUAAAACAAUUACAGUUGAGUGAUAAACUGCCCAUUAGUAGCGCAGUGAAUCUAUAAUGUGCUGGUUAGAGCUAGCUAGCUAGCUAAGCAACCAAGCCAAUUCCUGAAGAAGAUAUUUCAACUUUUUGUCUAAAUACACUAUCUUACUGGAACGCACAGAGACACCUUUCAUGUUAACUGUAAAUAUUUGGGCAGACUUUGAUAAAUCGAAUAUCACUGAUAACAUGUCAUUCAUACAGCGUCAACCUACUGAUUAUUGGGUGUAGAAUUGAUUAGAUAUCGGAGAAGAGAGCCAACCAGAUAACACACUUUGUAAACACACGAGAAACUGUUACUUUUAUGUUGCUUUUUUCACUCGAGCUACUUGCCAUGUCAUCAUAACAGAGAUGAUUAGUAUGCUAUUUUUACUUAUUGUUUAUGUACAGCCAUACCUCAAUUCAACAUAUGAUAAGCAUUGGAGAAAGCAUUACAUUACACAUUACAGUACACUAUACUGGCAGGUAAAAUUGAAAGGUGAAAGUAGCAGGUACGUCAAGAUUUAUAUAUUGUUUUCUAAUGGAUGGAUAUCUGAGCAAAAAAGAAGCUAAAAUACUGGGAUAAUCUCUUUUUUAUGGAAUCUGAAAUAAGCUGAACUACUGUUGCAGUUCACAAGACAACCAUGUCUGGAAUCAAAAGAAAAAUUGAAGACAAUGACCCAGACUAUGAGGACAUAUCACAAGUUCAUGAGAAUAAGAGAAACAAACUCGUGGAACAGAAUGCACGGGAGGCAGCUGUGCAGAAAAUUGAAGUCAUCGUUAGAGAGCAGUUCUCCCUGGAGAUGAAGAAUAAAGAGCAUGAGAUUGAAGUGAUUGGCCAGCGUCUCAAUGAAGCUCGGCGGAUGAUGGACAAGCUGAGGGCCUGCAUCGUGGCCAACUACUACGCCAAUGCUGGGCAGCCCAAGGUCCAAGAGGCUUCAAAAAGUGAUGUUUCGGUGCUGAACCACCCGGCCAUCAAGCGCUUCCUGGAGUCGCCCUCUCGCUCGUCCUCGCCGCUCAACCAGGGCUCGGAGGCGGCCUCGCUAGGGCCCUCCGAGAGCGAGUCGCUGGGCCAGCAUGCCGAUGGCGAGCGCGACAGAGACGGAGCCUGGAGGGAGGCGGGGGGGCGCGGGGAGCGCCGGCCGGGACGCAACACAGGAAAGGACACGUUUGGAGUGCCGGCGUCCGGCGCAGCAGAGCAGCACGUCACCUAUCACUCCACCGGAGAGGAGGCCUCCCGGCUGUACGUCAAGAAGACCAUUGUUGUUGGGAAUGUCUCCAAGUACAUAGCCCCUGAUAAGAGAGAGGAGAAUGACCAGUCUACCCAUAAGUGGAUGGUGUACGUCAGAGGCUCCAAGAAGGAGCCUAGCAUUGACCACUUUGUGCGCAAGGUCUGGUUCUUCCUGCACCCCAGCUACAAACCUAAUGACCUGGUGGAAGUCAGUGAGCCUCCGUUCCACCUGACGCGGCGAGGCUGGGGGGAGUUUCCUGUGCGUGUUCAGAUCCACUUCAAGGACACGCGGAACAAGCGCAUCGACAUCAUCCACAACCUAAAGCUGGACAGAACGUACACGGGACUGCAGACACUGGGAGCUGAGACGGUGGUAGACGUGGAGCUGCACCGGAACUCGCUUGGAGAGGACUUCUUGCCCACCCCCCUCUCUUCCUCCUCCUCGUCCUCCGCCUCCUCUCAGAGGUCGUGUACGGCGGGCUCCUCCAGCGCCCAUCCCACCUCCGCGGCCUCCCCCUGCCCGCUCUCACAGGACUCCCUCCCGGGCACAGAGAAAGGCGUGGCCGUCAAAUGCGAGUCGGGCCGCUCCUCCUGCUCAGAGCGGACGCCGUCCCGGCCCAAGCUGACCGAGAAGAUCACGCUCGGUUCUCACGGCAACUCCGCCUUCCAGCCAAUCACGGCCAGCUGCAAGAUCAUCCCUCAGGGCCAGGCUCCGAGCCUGUCCGAGUCCCCUGGGAAGUCCUUCCAGCCAAUCACCAUGAGCUGUAAGAUCGUGUCCGGCUCCCCCAUCUCCACUCCCAGCCACUCCCCUCUCCCCCGCACCCCAACCUCCACACCAGCGCAGCUGAAGCAGGGCUCAUCCGUGGUCAGCAACCCUUACAUCAUCGUGGACAAGCCGGGCCAGGUUAUCAGCGUAGCCGGCUCCUCGUCCUCCGCCACAGGAAGCCCCACGGCCAAGCUGUCUGCAGCGGCCCACGGCACCAGAUCUCCCGCCCCCAAAGUCCACACGGGCAGCUUCCUGUCCUCAGGAGUCAAGGUCAUCAUAAAGCAGGAGCCAGGCGAGGUUCCCACCCAGCCACAGCCACCACCACAGCAGGCCAUCGUUUCCACGGCAACGACCCAGCAGCAGCAGGCGGCGACGCAGCAGUUUGUCGCAGUGAAGGGUGGUCAUGUGAUCACCAUGUCUUCCUCCCAGAAGCAAGGAGGCGGAGUGUCAGGCUCAGGAGCCACGCCCAGCAAGGUGUUGGGCAUCCCGAUGAGCUCUGCUCUGCAGUCAGCCGUGAAGCAGGUGGCCAUCAGCAGCGGGCAGAUCCUGGUGGCCAAGUCCAACCCGGCCGUCUCCAAAGUGAUGGCCCAGAAGCAGGUGGUGGCGCAGGGCGUGGCCAAGGCCAUCGUGAGCAGCGGCGGCGGCGGUCCUGGCGGAGGAGCCGGCGGCGGCGGCGCGGGGCAGCAGGUGCACACCGUCACCAAGGCAGCAGGAGGCUCGGCGAGCGGCGGAAAGGGCGGAGUGAUGGCCACCCUGCAGCUGCCUGCCAACAACCUGGCCAACCUGGCCAACCUGCCGCCAGGAACCAAACUCUACCUGACCACCAACAGCAAGAACCCGUCAGGCAAGGGCAAGCUGCUGCUCAUCCCCCAGGGAGCCAUUCUACGCGCCUCCAGCUCAGGUCAGCAGUCUCAGAGCGCAGCCCCCUCAGGCUCGUCUCAGACGUCUUCUGGCAGCGGAUCUGGAUCCAGCCUCCCUUCCCACCUCUCUUACACCUCCUACAUCCUCAAACAGACCCCACAGGGCACGUUUCUGGUUGGCCAGCCUGGCGGUUCGGCGAAGCAGAGUUCGACCAGCGCCUCCUCGGGUCAUGUGGCUUCAGGUGCGGCCAGCGUCAACCAGCAAUCCAUCCGGGUCACUGCGGGGCAGAAGGCCGCCAUCUUGGCUCAGGUGGUGGGCGGGUCCCAGGCGUCUCAGGUGAAGCUGUCGGACGGCUCCGUGAAGACGGUGACGUCCGCCGCCCACCUGCCCAAGCCGGGCACUACCACCCUGAGGAUGACGGGCGGACUCAUCACAGCCACCAGCACCACGCAGAGCACCCUAGCCUCCGCUGCUGCCACAUCCACACAGCACACUGCAGAUGGCACCAGCGUGCCCUCUUCCCCCGCCCCGUCCUCCUCCUCUUCCUCCUCUUCCUCCUCCUCUGGGGCCAAACCUGUAUCCCAGCAGCACUCACUGCUAGUGGCAGCCAAUCAGGCGGCGGUCAUCAACGCAGCCAAGAACGCCAGCAACGCAGCUGCCGCUGCCGCUGCCGCCGCCGCCGCCAACUCGGCAGCAAAAUCCAGCACAGGCGCCCUGGUGACCGUCGCCAAGAGCAUGGCCGCCAACAUGCCGGUCAUUAGCAUGGGCAAGGGUGCGGGGCAGGCGGUGGUGAGCGUGCCCAAGAGUGCUAGCCCCUCACUGGUCACGGCAGCAUCACUGGUGGGCAGUGGGGGAGGUGUCAGUGGGAAGGCAGCAGCCACACUCUCAGGCAUGCUGAAGCUGCACACAGGUCAGCCCAGCUCCCAGCAGACCGUGCUCACCAUCCCUGCCAACCAGCUGAAACAGCUGAGUGUGGGCACCGGCACCGGGGGAGUCCAGACCAUCCUCAUGCCCGUGGGCAAAGUCGUGCAGUCCUCCCCCUCCUUCUGUAAAGGAUCCUCCAGCAGCAACAGCGCUGUGACCCACAUUGCACCAGCAGCCUCCUCCACACCAAACGUAGCUCACGUGAAGACAGAGCCAGGUGUGUACAGCUGCAGUGGCCCCAGACCUCAGACCCCCACCUCCUACUCCUCCUCAUCGGCCCCGGGCUCCGGCCUCGCUCCCACCCCCGCCAUGGCCAGUGUCAAAGUGGAACAGGGCACGGAGUCCACCCACGAGCUCAACACUGAGCACAUAGUGGACGGGACGCAGCUGUUGACGGCGGUGGUGAAGAAAUUUCCCCUGAUUGUGCCUGAGAAGAAUGAGGACUCCCACCCAUUCUGUGCCACCUCUGUGGAGCAGUAUUACUCCUGGAACAUUGGCAAGCGCCGGGCAGCCGAGCUGCAGCGUGCGGUGUCAGUGAAGCGCCUGGUGCAGGAGGUGCUAGAGAAGAGCCCCCGCCUGCAGGCCAUCCCCCCACCCAAGACCCGCGAGGUGGUGCAGUGGUGCCGUCACCGUGGUUACACCCCGCCCGACCCCGAGCCCCGGCGUGCAGAGGAGGACUCCAUAGAGGACAUCCUCACCCAGAUAGACAACGAGCCAGAGUGUCCAUCCACGCUGCUGGAUGCUGAGGACCUGUGCCAGCGUGUGGAGCAGCUGCAGCGGCUGCUGAAGACGGAGCCCAUAGAGGAAGAGGACAACGGGGAGCCGCUCGACGUGCUCAGCCUCUCCCCGCCCAGCGCCUCCGCCAGUGGACGGCCUCGGCCCAAACAGGAGCCCCACAGUGGCCCCCAGGAGCCCAGCUACCACCUGGGGCCCGACCCCUCACAGCAGUUCAUCAGAGACAGCGCAGAGCAGAUUGGUGUAACCUUCCAGCCAGUGGAGGUGGAGAAGAACGUGUUUGCUCCAGUGGUGGAGGCCAUGAUCCUCAAGGCCACAGAGCAGUUUGCUAGCGACGUUUUAAGAGAAGCCCUGGCCAACGGCCACAUGAAGUCCCCCCCAAACAGGGCUCCGCGCGAGGUGUCCGUCAUGAACGUGCACCAAUCAGUCAGCAGCAUUCCCGCCUGUGACUUCCUGACCAACCGCUACAUGGGCGUCCUGCUUAAGGAGAACGGCCACGCGGACUGAGGCCUGUCGUCACCGACAACACAGUCACACACAAGCCGGGCACACAGCCACACAAACCAGAGCCGCUGCCACGGCAACUGACCCUUUGACCCACCAGUCAAGCGCUUAAACAAUCUGGGGUUGGCUGAUUUGAAGAGGGCAGAUGACCUCGUUUUCUGCCAUAGUGAACCCAAGCAAAUAUGACUAGUUGUUCAGCGAAGGGGAUCUGGAGUGCAUUUCUGUACUGUGGGUCAUAAUGCUUGACCUCUUAAGGCUUCACCAGGCUACUUACAUACUGUCAUGUGUAACACUGAUGUCAAGUCAAGACCCUGUUGGGGGUGGUGACCACAUACUGACAGUAUAAACCAUGUCUGCGCAUCAAUGUGUAGGCAGAGUUGCUGGGAUUCAUUGGGCAUUGAUUAGUCUGUUCUAUGAGGGGGAAGCACAUGAUCGUGUGUGUGUGUGUGUGUGUGUGUGUGUGUGUGUGUGUGUUGUGUCUGAGUGUGUGUGCGCACAUAUGGCCUUAAAUCUCCAGGUUGUGUGUGUGUAUUUUGUGGCUAGUCACUCAGUCCUUUAAAGAUAAUAAGUCAAGUCAAGUGCUUAACUAGCAUUGAAUGGCCAUCUCAUCCAGCCAGAUCAGAAGUUGGUGUUGAUGACCAUUAGAAACGAGAUGCUUGAUGGAAGUGAUACUACAGUGGAGCACAGAACCUGCAGUGGCUCUCUCUCCGGCAUCCAGUCCAGCUGCUGUCCAUAGAUAGGCAGUUCAUCUGGCUCAGAUGGAGCCUGACCCAGUCCAGAGUCCAGAAUCAGCACCUCUCUUGAAUCUCUAGCAGGUCGUCAUGAUUUGUCAUGAGUUCACCACCAUGCACAGAAAGGCUUGCAUAGUAUAUAUGCAUGUGAUGAUAAUGGAGCAACACAGUAUCGGAUACGGAGGAAGUAUUACGGCCAUGUGGAACAGUGGCAGAUUUUUAUACCAGCAUAGAAGGUGUUGAAUUAAUUUAAUUCAACACAUACUAAUAUUUUAGGUCUUAUAAUGGCUUAUAUCUAGGGCUGUUGGUAUUGUCUGAUAACUAUGUAAUAUAUUCCUGAAUGGCUUUAGUAAAUGUCUUGACCUCCUGUAAAUGUGCUGAAGAGACCGAUAUUUUGAUUUGUUUUUUUUUCAGUGUGAACGUAAGUGCUUUUUUGUUGUCAAAACAACCAAUGCAGGUUUUUUUUUGCAUCCCAAUAUCUGUCUAGUUUGCAACUAAAAUCAUGUAUUUCUUUUUUUUAAAAGAGGGAUGGUUUUUAAACUCAUAAAGUUACCAUACGAAGGGAAGCCUCUCCUCCUGCUAACAUGAAUUGUGCUGCUUCAGAGAAUCGCGUCUGCAUAUAUUCCUUGGCCUCACAGGUGCCUCAUGACAUCAAAUAUUGAUGAUGGCAUCCUUUGGUGUAGCGCAGGGCUGCAGAUUUGUGUGAAAACAGGUUCCUGUCCUGAUUAGGUGUCUUCUUCUGAAAGCAGUGUGAUGUAACACUGCCUGGCUGUAGCUGGAGUCUGGUACACAAGGAAAAAAACAGAAUUCCCAGAUUCCUCUUUGUGAAGCAGAUUAGGGGGCCACCCCUGUUUGGGAGUUGGCUCUGAUCUGGAUUGGCAUUGUUUGUUUUUACAUCCUGGACCUUUUAGUGGCAUCGCUCUUACCAUUGCCUAGCCAUCAAUGACAGAACUGUAAGGCGUCUCACAAUAGUCUUACUACUUCUUGUGGGUGUAAUCUGACGUAGCUCUUGGAUAAGCAGGUUAGAGGGACAUUUUAAGUUGAUUCAGUCAUUAAUAUUCUGUUGUUCGUCCUGGUGUGAGCCAUACUACCAGCAACGUGGAUAUGGUGUGUGUCAGUACAGAGUAUGUGCGUGCGCUAUGUGAUAUAAACAUUGUAUUGUUAAUUGUCUGAUCUGCUGGUUGAGUAUGUCUGUGUACGAGAGAUGGACUAGGGUACAUUGUGUUUGUGUGUCUGGAUCUGUGUGUGUGUGUGUGUGUGUGUGUGUGUGUGUGGGCGGGGCGGGUGGCACACAUGCUUAUAGCAUGUUUAUGGUUAAUGAGUGAUGAUCUGCCUGAAGGUUUGACCAAAUCGUCUGUAAGUAUUGUAGAAUAUAUCUCACUAUUGUAUUUUCAUUCUCCACUGUGCACCAAGAAGAAAAGAUGAUGAAUAUUCUUGUAUUAAAAUGGUUAACCUACCA